GGAACUGGCAGUGCUGUAGUUGGACACAGAGCGCACCACAGUGACUCCCUCCUCCGUGCGCGCUGAUCUGCUAAAUGGAAGGAAACCGAAAACAUGUUGUAAAGUUUCGUUUCUUCUCCAACCUAAUCCUAAGCACCCCCGUGUCGCACACUGUGACUCACUUUUGAUGUGUUGCAUGACAAAUGCAGCAGAGUGUCUAUGUACAUAUGAAAGUGAGUGUGGGUGCCUGCGUUGAAUUAAAUUAAAGUGGUGGAAGUCUCCCUCCUCUCUCCUUAUGAGCUCCCUACCGAAUUACUCAGGAGCCAGAAUAUCUGGCUGCUGGACACUUACAUCUGAUGGACGCGGAGGUGACGAUGGCUCACUAGACCGCCUCCUCCCCUCGGUAAGCACGGGCCUUUCACCCCGGAAAAGGACCACCAGUCAGUGCAAGUCUGAGCCACCUCUCCUCCGCACCUCCAAGCGCACCAUCUACACCGCUGGGCGCCCCCCUUGGUACAACGAGCAUGGGACCCAGUCCAAAGAGGCCUUUGUCAUUGGUCUGUGUGGUGGCAGCGCUUCAGGAAAGACGACCGUUGCGAGAAAAAUUAUUGAAGCCCUCGAUGUUCCCUGGGUUGUCUUGCUGUCCAUGGACUCCUUUUACAAGGUCCUCUCCUUGGAGCAACAGACACGGGCUGCGAGUAACGACUAUAAUUUUGAUCAUCCCGAUGCCUUCGACUUUGAUUUGCUGACGCACACGCUCCGAAAGCUCAAGCAGGGCAAGAGUGUGAAAAUCCCUGUGUAUGACUUCACAACACAUGGGAGACAGAAGGAAUGGAAAACAGUUUAUGGAGCUAGUGUAAUCAUCUUUGAGGGGAUCAUGGCCUUUGUCGAUAAAGAGCUCUUGCAGUUACUGGACAUGAAGAUUUUUGUCGACACUGACUCAGACAUCCGUCUCGUGAGGCGGCUGAGGAGGGACAUAACCGAGCGAGGCCGGGACAUCGAGGGCGUCAUCAAACAGUACAAUAAGUUUGUCAAGCCAUCCUUUGAGCAGUACAUCGAACCAACCAUGCGCCUGGCUGAUAUUGUGGUGCCUCGUGGUGGCGGGAACAUGGUGGCCAUUGAUUUGAUAGUGCAGCACGUCCACAGUCAGCUGGAGGAGAGGAAACUUCGCUGGGAUAUGGCAGCCCUGGCCUCCGCUCAUCAAGCUCAACCGCUUCCGCAGACUCUCAGCGUUCUGGAGAGUACACCCCAGGUCAAAGGCAUGCACACCAUCAUCAGGAACAAGGAAACUAGCCGGGAUGAGUUCAUCUUUUACUCCAAGAGGUUGAUGCGUCUGUUGAUUGAGCGAGCGCUGUCCUUCCUACCAUCACAGGUCCACGUUGUCCAGACUCCCCAGGGAGAGGACUAUGAAGGCAGGACUUUCCACGGGAAGAGGAUCACUGGCGUGUCCAUUUUGCGGGCAGGGGAAACCAUGGAACCCGCUCUAAGAGCCGUUUGCAAAGAUGUCCGCAUCGGCAAAAUCCUCAUCCAGACCAAUCAGGACACAGGAGAACCUGAGGUCCAGCUCCAUUACCUUCGUCUCCCUAAAGACAUGAGUGAAGAUCACGUCAUUCUGAUGGACUGCACCGUGUCCACUGGUGCUGCAGCUAUGAUGGCCGUUCGAGUCCUACUGGACCAUGAUGUGCAAGAGGACAAAAUCCUUCUGGUUUCUCUGCUAAUGGCCGAAAUGGGGGUGCACUCGGUGGCCUAUGCCUUCCCGCAGGUCAAGAUAAUCACCACAGCUGUGGACAAGAAGGUCAACGAUCUCUUCCACAUCAUACCUGGCAUCGGAAAUUUUGGGGACAGAUAUUUUGGAACUGAUGCACCUCCUGACUGGAGUGACGACGAGAUUGAUGAGCCCAGUUACUGAUUCGACAUCCAUCACUGGCCGCGCACUUUGAUGCCUCUGUGGGUCCCGGAGCCAAACAGUCACACUGUACAGUAACCAAAUUAAAGCUUUUAAAUUAUUUUAUUCUUCAUGAAGUUGUGAUAUGCACAAGAUCUACUUUCACGAGCACUUUCAGAACGAUCAUUCAGUCGGAGAAUGUGGAGGUGUAUCCCCCCCCCCCCCCCCCAUUCUCUCUUCGUAUCCAAGACUUUGUAUACAACGUAGCUGAAAGCAUACUUACAGAAUACUUCAUAUGACUGCAGAUUGUAAGUCUUGCCAACAGGCAGACAGUUAAAACAUGUGUGUCAAAACACAUUUCAGCCCCAUUGUGUGUUGUGUUUUUGGCCUAGCAUGUUUGGGUAAUACAAAAAACAAGCAAACAAAAACAAUUGCAUUGUUGAAAAUAUAGAAUCUUUUGUUUGAAGCUGUUGCAUAAAACAAUUAGACCUGUAAUACCAGGGGUGCACAUACAAAUGCAUGGUUAUCAAAUGCAGAGGUGGGCCUCUGUCAUUUGUCAUAGUCCAACAGAUGAAAAAAAUACAUGAUUAAAAUGGUAAAUGGAUUGCGGUGUAUCUAUUCUACGUCAUACGGUGCCUAUCCAAAGAGCAGUACACAUAAAUAUGCUCGCAUAGAUUUCACAUACAUUUAUUUGACACACACGUAAUCUGUAAAAAUAAAGUCACCGGAAGCGCACUGGUGGCUGCCUGCAGUUGUGUUAACUACGAAAUAGCCGAAAGGUUAAAUUAAAGUUUAAAAUGGCUGACCUAAAUCUGAUUCCACCUCCGCAUUAUGGCCAACUGAAAAAUCCAAUCCAAGUAGCUAGCGCUGUUUUUCUUGGUCCUUUUUGUCCUUUGUUGCAUACCGCCACCUGUCGUACAGGAAGUACAAUGCAUUUCCCAUGAAAGCAACCCUGCUCUAAGUCAAUUCAGUCCCGUGAACAAACACACAAGAUAUUUUUUAAGAUUUAACAGAAAACCACACCCAUAAAGGUUUGAAUGCAAUUAAAAUCCAUACAUCAAAUAUUAGACUCAAACCAUGUUUGUAGAUUUGAAAACCGAUGUGGUGUCAUUCUGGCCUCCUUAGCCAAACACAGCCGUCCAUCACAGUCCCCGCAGGGAUCCUAAUGAAAAUUGGAGCACUCACUCUCACACGUGUGUGUGUGUGUGUAUAUACAGUGGUACCUCUACUUACGAACGUCUCUUCUUACGAAAUUUUCAAGUUACGAAACGCCUCAAUAGGAAAAUAUUGUCACUUGUUACGAAAGAAACUUCUAGAUACGAAAGGUAAAAAUACAGUAUAGCCACACACGUGAAUAUCUAUUGGGACAGAUUGUCAAAGCCGUGGUGUCGCGACACGGAGAUCACCAUCGAAGUGAGCCCAGUAGUUCGACUGCGCACGUCUGCGCACGUCUCAUGACGAAUGCCACCCUACUCAAGCCAGCUGCCAAAACGCGUAUUCAUCAUCUGUUGUGCAACAUAAUGCACCCGAACGGUCCCCUUCAAAAUAAAAACGCUCAUACUACUGGAACACCAUAUUGCAAUUUCCAGUGCUCAUGCACACCCGCACACCACUUAUGUGCACUCCUGUCUAUUUAAAAAAAAAUUUGAAACAAUGCCUCCUCUUUUGAUGAUUUUUUUUUGUGGUUGAAAAAAAUAGGCACUUCAAUGCUCGUCUUUCGGGCUACUGUAAGUAAAAUUGUUUUCAAGACUGAAUACAAAUGUUGGCUUGUCACCUUAUUUUCAUUUAUGUCUUUGCACUGUUUUGUUUAAAACUUUUUUUGUAUAUGUUUAAUAAAAGUGCAAUUGUUUUAAUUGUGUCCUAA